AAUCUCGUAGGCGCCUCAGAAGAAAAAUUUUCUACAUCCUUCCAAUAUUUUUUAAUUCUUCUUUUGUUUUGUUAAAAAGUGGUACGUCUUUUCCAUCUUAUCUUCUAUGUCAAUAUGAUGCCAUAUAUUUUGCUACAAUUCUGUCUAUCUUUGAUUAAUUCUUGAGGCUUCUUGAAGUAGUCUGCAGACAUGGAAGUCGCCAUGAAAAAACUAGCUAAUUAUGUGAGGAAUCAAAACAACUGUUCAGAAGAAGGAGCAUCAUUAACUUUUUGCGUGGGAGAUGAUGCAAUAUUCUUUAAAAAGAACAAUGGAUUCCAUGAUCGCUUAAAAAAUCAAGAUGUUUGUUCCAAUGCCAAUGUUCGUUCAAGGUUGUAAGUGGUUCUCCACAACUAUGUCACAUGCGUGGUUCUCCACAGUUGCACUAAGAAAUCUGCUGUCACAAGCGACUACUUCCUUGGCCAUGGCCAAGGAAUUAGUUGUUUGUGAUAGCAGAUUUCUUAAUGAAGGCUCAAUCAGAGGUCUAGCUGUAUUCUUUAAACCAUCCACGCAUCUGAUAUGCAAGGAAGAGAAGCUGAUCCACUGCAUCGCGGGGUUUGAUGGUCACUGGUGCCGCGCCUUAAGAUCCAGUGGAAUCCGUUUCGUUUGCUGUUGCUCUUGCAACACUGCCAUGGCAUGUGCUUCCAUACUCAUUCUGUCCAGUCCAAGCCCUAUCCAGUUUGGAAAUUUUGAUCAGCUUAUUGGGUUUGAAGACCAGGUAGAGAAUGCCAGCAGUGGCGGCAAUGAGGAUGAUAAGGAGGAGGAGAAGGCUGGCUUAUUGUCUAGCAAAGGAACUUGCAACAAUAGCUUCACUGCCAUGGACUGGAAGGUGAUGGUGGCGGUGGCAAGCCUGAUGGCAGAAUAUUUAGCAUACGUUUGUCUGAUGUUGUGGAGGCCAAAAGGUAGAGGCACCAUAUAUGCUGUUGCUGGUGACAGCAGCAAUGUCUUCUUCUGCUGGUUUGAAGGCCAGGUAAAGAAUGCUAGCAAUGGCGGAAAUGAGGAUGAUAAGGAAGAGAAGAAGUCAAGCUGUUGUCCAGCAAAGGGACUUGCAACAAUAGCUUCACUGCUGUGGACUGGAAGGGUAUCAUGCAGAAUAGGAAUACCCUUCUCAGAUGUUGCAGAGCACCGAGGUACAAGAGGUGCGGUUACCAGUGAUCGUGGUGGCAGUGGGCCUGGUGGCGGUAUGUUUAUUAUACGCUUGUCUGAUGUUGUGGAGGCCAGAGGUAGGGGAACCAUAUAUGCUGUUGCUGGUCACAGUAGCCGUGUCUUCUUCUGCUGGUCUGUCAUUGCUGAUUUGCUUCAAAUGAAUUUCAUGCUGCAUGGUGAUGUAAAACGCUUGUAUGAUACUUUUCAUGAACCAUUCAAGCGCAUGGUUUCUAGCCAACCAGCUGUUCCAGAAACUUCAGUUCAGAAAAAUGCUGAACCAUCCUCGGCAGGUGAAGUUGCAGAAGUUGAGAAGGAUGGAGAAGAUAUAAACAAACGCAGGAAGACAGAACCGGAAUUGAAUGUUAAACUUAAAUCAGCCCUUAAAGCUGCUUUUGCCAAGUAUGCUCAAACAAAUAGUCAGAAGAACAAUAAGUCAACAGUUGUGAAGAAGGCAGUAGAACACAGUACUGCGACGAACCCACAAGCUGAAAAUGGUGAAUCCAGUGAAAAGGCCGGAACUUGAUCCUUAGUUUUAUCCAUAAAGUUUAACUCUUAACAAGCAGACCAACCAGGUUCAAUUGAAAUGUUUGAAGAAUUGUUGCUCUUUGGAAGGAGAACAAAUAGCAUCAAGGCCAGGCUUUGCUCUCGGAUAUGGUUUGAGGCUUCAAAUUACUAGCUCACCAAAUAUUAUGUCUUGCGAGAUCAACUUUGGGGAUUAGAGGUCCAUUGAGUCAAAGUGAAAUAGCCUUAUCUGUAUAUACUUUCUAGAAGUAAAAUUAGCCUUUAGAAGUAUUUUUUCU